AUCAUGCUGCCUAUGUUACUAAUCCUUGUGGGGGCUUGGACAACACUGCAAGCUGACUUCCUUUCUGACAAAAAGGUUUUACUUCUACCACCUGUCAAUUUUACUGUUAAAGCCAUUGGAUUAGCUCAAGUUCUUUUACACUGGGCUCCAAAUCCUGAGCAAGGGCAAAGAAAUGAUGAUCUACAAUAUCACGUGAAAAUAAAUGCUCCACAAGAAGAUGAGUAUAAUACCAGGAAGACUGAAAGCAAAUAUGUGGCCCCCCUUCAUGACGGCUUUUCAGCUAGUGUGAGGAGCAUCCUAUGGAAAAGCCACUCUCUCCUGGCUAGCAGUUGGGUUUCUGCUGAACUCAAAGCUCCAUCAGGGUCUUCUGGAACCUCAGUUAUGAAUUUAACUUGUAUGACAAACACUGUUGUGAGUAGUCACACCCACCUAAGGCCAUACCAAGUGUCUCUUCGCUGCACCUGGCUUAUUGGCAAGGAUGCCCCUGAGGACACACAAUAUUUCCUAUACUACAGGUUUGGUGUUUGGACUGAAGAAUGCCAGGAAUACAGCAGAGAUGCACUGGACAGAAAUACGGCAUGCUGGUUUCCCAGGACAUUUAUCAACAGCAAAGGGUUUGAGCAGCUUGCAGUGCAUGUUAAUGGCUCAAGCAAGCAUGCUGCAAUCAAGCCCUUUGAUCAGCUGUUCACUCCGCAUGCCAUUGAUCAAGUGAAUCCUCCAAUGAAUGUGACAGUUGAGAUUGAAGAAACUUCUCUUUAUAUCCAGUGGGAGAAGCCAGUUUCUGCCUUUCCAGUCCAUUGCUUCAAUUAUGAAUUGAAAAUUUACAACACAAAGAAUGGUUACUUUCAGAUGGAAAAACUGGCCACCAAUAAAUUUAUCUCAAAAAUUGAUGCCAUUUCUACAUACUCCAUUCAAGUGAGAGCACUUCUGAGCUCGUCCUGCAGGGUGUCUGGAAGCUGGGGCCAGUGGAGUCAACCCAUUUAUGUGGGUGAUGAUGAGAAGAAACCCUUGGCAGAGUGGCAUCUCAUUGUGCUUCCAGCCACCGCCUGCUUCGUCUUGUUAAUCUUCUCACUCAUCUGCAGAGUGAGUCGCAUAUGGAUCAAGUUAUUUCCACCAAUUCCAGCCCCUAAGAGCAACAUCAAAGAUCUCCUUGUGGUGACUGACUAUGAGAAAGCUGCUUGGAAUGAAACCAAAAUUGAAGCUGUAAGUUGUGUGGAAGAGGCUGGAUUUGAAGUCAUGGAAAAUUCCAUGUUUUGA